GGAAACAGUAAUAUGGGAGAGAGGGAGACGGAUAGCAUGAGCCGAUUGAACUAGUUAGAAACCUAAAAAGGUUAAAGGGGUAGUUUUUAAUAAGCACUUAAAGGUGGAAACACACUAGAACAGAAGGCCUGAGUGGUUUGACAUUUAAGAAAAGGAUCUAUUUCUCUCUCUCUCUCUCUCUCUCUCUCGCUGUCUCACGACUUUUCAGUGGGGCUAAAGCUGUUGAUAGGGACCAUGGCAGUGGCUGCUAAUGCUUCAUGAUCUAGGGGGGACUUACACCUCUAGCCUGUGCGCGCUAAAGGACAUGCAGAGACGCAUCAUUUAACAAAUGAUUUGAGAUGAGAUAUUUCGCUCCAUGGCUCUUAUUACCUUAACUUGGACUUUGCGGGGAUGUACAAAGAAAGUCCUUUUGGCUGUAGAAGCAAAACCAAGCUCCCAGUGCAACAACACAGGGGAAACGGCCUCUGCACUCCCUGCCAGUCCAGAGAUAUUUGAACCAGUCUGGUGUUUUAGAGGAGACGCUAAUCAAUAAAUGCAGCUCUUCUUGAUACCUCAGUCCAAAAGUGAAGUUUGUGAAGACUUUUCAAAGAAACCAACAUGGCAGAUGUCCCAGAGUCAAGUCCCUGUCUCAACAUCCCUUCAAAAAAGGCCAAAAUAACCAAUGACCCCGUUCUUCCAAACACUGAGACAAAGACACAAGAGCCGUCAGCUCCAGUUUUCAUCCGUAAACUCCGAAAGGCGGCAGUGGGAACGGGUUGUGACAUUCGACUUAGGGUGUCGGUGUCAGGUCAUCCCAAACCCGUGCUUACUUGGUACCACAAUGAAGAGAUCCUUCCCCGCUCGGAGGCUCAGGAUUCUGGAGGGUUGUGGAUCCGGGACUGCCGCACAAGUGAUGCCGGCGUGUAUACAUGCCUGGCAACCAAUGAGCUUGGAGAGGGAAGCUGCAGCGCUGUAUUGGCUGUUAUGGACCUUGGCGAAGACUCUGAGACCACAGAAGAUGAGAACACAGAACCUCAGAUGGAAACCAAAGAAGGGCCCGGGAGACACCAGGACAAGGAUGGCCGAAGAGGACCCUCAGGUGAGGGAGGAAGGAUGAUGGACUAUAACCCGGACCCUUCAGACCGCAGGGCCACCCUGCCCGGCUCCUACGACCCCGUGGUGGAGCGAGAGCUCCGGGCUCUGGGCUCCCGCCCUCCGGGGCCACAUCUGGAUCCCACAAACCCAGCCAGGACUCAAAGUGCUGAUGAUUCAGCGCGGCUGCCCUCCCGUGUCCCCCUAUCUGCUCCUCUGUCUGCUCCCCAGCCACCUCUCAGCACAAGCAAACACGGCACCAAUCCCCCAGAAAAGGACUUGGAAACAUCCCAGCGUUCAAACCUUCAAGCUUCUAAGAAUGGCCAGUCGUCUGGGGGUAAUAGUGCGGUCAUGACACCCAAACUGGCUCGUGCAGCGCCCAAAAUCUUCGACAAGGUCCGAGCUUUUGAGGAGCGAAGGGCGAGUGUGGAUCUUCCAAGAAGGGGAGCUUCCUUUGACUCGGAUGACAGCGGAAAGGCAGCAGCUGGUACCAACAAAGACGAGGGACGAGCCCCGCAGGGCGCGACCCAGAAGAGAGCAGCAUUCCAGCAACGGGCGUCUUCCCUGGAGGACAAGACCAGCUUCUCCCAGAGGGUCCAAAGCUACCAGAGCAAGUUUGCAGAAGAGCUGCAGAGGAUCAAGAAACUUGUGGGGAAGCCGAGCUUGAAGAAGUCAUAUUCCACCGAGCAGGUGUCGCUGAGAGAUAGGGUGCACACGGGGAAAGUAGAGCCCAUUCCUCCCCAAGUGGUUAAGAAGUUGGAGGCGAGGGAGCGAGCUCUGGAGGAGAGGAAAGUUGGGGGGAGGGAAGAUGAGAGCACGUUGCAGGUUUCUCUACAGGCCCAGGAAAAAGCUCUGGGUAGGCAAAGAAGCAAACCUGACGAGAAUAGGAUGACACAGAAGGUGGAAGACUCAUCGCAAGGAAGCACAGGGAAAAUUUCUGUUACCAUGGAAACGGCACCAGUUCACCAGUUACCAGGACAACCAGCUGCAAGGAAAAGCCUGAUCAGAGACCCAAGAAUGGAUUCAGGGAGAGACAACGAACCGGACAAAAAGUCAGAGCAGAGGUCGUCCAACCCAACGGUGAAGAGAGUCUCCAUAGUAACGGUGAAGGAACCAGGCUCCCAGCAUCCCCCGAAAUCCUCCCGCUUCACCCCGUCUCCGACUCCUUCCAUCAGCCCGCUGAUGAAGAAGAGGAGGGCCGAGGCGGGGCGGAGGUCUCCAUCCUUCAAACUGAACAUCCCCACAAUUGUGGUGAAGGAUGAACUCAUGGAGACAGAAAGUGGCGGAGACGGGAGCAGCGAGACGAGCAAGGCCAGGAGGAAGGAUGGCAGAACCCGCAAAGGCAGGAGAAGUCGCUCCGCUCCACCUGGCUCUCCUGAGGAAGGGGGUUCGUCCGACGACUCCUACCUGUCCCUGGACGAGGAGCCGCCAGAGGCCCCGGCGUUUGAGAAGCCUCUCCAGGACACGACAGCAUCUAGUGGAUCUGAGGUCACGCUGAAAUGCAUCGUCACAGGCAGCCCAGCCCCCCGAGUGACAUGGAGAAAGAAUAAUGUGGCGAUGUGGAGCGAUGCCUUUCAUGUGGUUAAAGCUGAGGGUGAGAAGCACAGUCUGGUGAUAAAGGAGAUGAAGCGACACAACGCAGGGUCAUACUGCGUCACAGCCGUCAACCCAGUGGGCAGAGCAACCUGCAGCGCCACCCUCUACAUCCAGUCAGAGCCGACCGGCGAGCAACGUGGGAAAGCCCCCGUAUCCCUGGAAGUCACCUGUCCGGUCCCUUCAGAUGAAGAGUAUCUGAGCCCUCAGGAGGAGGCGAUGGAGCUCGGAGACUCGCUGUCUCCGAAAGGCGUCUACUUCAAAGAACCUCUCUCAUUUCAGGUGGCACCAUGUGACCAGGAAGUAACUGAGGGUCAAGAUGUUGUUCUGUCAGCAAAGGUCAAAGGCCAGCCCAAACCCACGGUCCACUGGAUGAAAGACGGAGUGGUGGUGAAGACGGCAGGCCGCCACACUGUGCGAGAGAUGGAAGAUGGCACCAGUGAAAUAAGAAUCAGCUCGGCUCAGAAGUCAGAUGCAGGUUUUUAUGUUUGUAAGGUCGUCAACAAGUAUGGAGUCAAGCAGCUGGAGUGCAGAUUGGAGGUCAGAGCUGCAGCACAGAUGGCUCUCAGAAUCACCAGGGAGGUGGAAGACGUGUCUGUGAGGGCUGGAGAGUCAGCCAUGUUUGAGUGCUACAUCACAGGACCUGCAGAUGUCGACGUGGACUGGUUGUCUAACGGAAAGCUGAUGCAGCCAGCGCUGCUCAACUGUAAGAUGCACUUUGAUGGAAAGAGAUGCCGCUUGAUGCUGAAUUCAGUACACGAAGAUGACAGCGGGACAUAUGUUUGCAAGUUGAGCACUGCCAAGGAGGAGCUGACUUCAAGUGCAAAACUGACAGUCGCCCCGUCCAGGGAGCCGCUGUUCACUCGUAAACUGGACAUCCUGGAAGUGAUCGAAGGACGCACAGCACGGUUUGACUGUAAGGUGAGCGGGUCACCUGCUCCACGGGUCACAUGGAUGCACUUUGAGACGAGACUAGAAGAGAGUGAUAAUAUUCGCAUCCUUCAAGAGGGCGGCCGCCACUCACUUGUCAUCAUCCACGUAAGCAGCAGCACAGAGGGCUUUUAUACGGCCAUCGCUCAGAAUAUGCAUGGGAAGUCUGAAUGUACGGCUGAGCUGUACAUGCAAGAGCCCAGGGCUGCCAUCUCCUCUCACAUGUCCAAGUUGGAGAAGAUGCCAUCCAUCGCAGAGGAGCCUGAAAUGCUGGAAAAUGAGACGGAGAGGAGGACCAUGCCGGACUUCCUCAAACCUUUGACUGAUGUAGAAGUGAUUGAAGGGAAGGAGGCGGGGCUUAAAUGCAAAGUGUCGGGCCUGCCCUAUCCAACCAUCGCCUGGUACCACAAUGGGAAAAAAAUUGAAAGCAGUGAAGAGCGUAAAAUGGCUCAGUACAGGGAUGUCCACAGUCUGGUCAUCCGGAGCGCCUGUCAUGCUCACGGGGGCGUCUACAAGGCUGUCAUCUCAAACAAAGUGGGCAAAGCCGCCUGCUACGCUCAUCUCUACAUCACAGAUAUCGUUCCCGACCCUCCUGACGGCCCUCCCGCAAUCGAAACCAUUACAGGGAAAACUAUAACCCUCAGCUGGAAGAGACCAAAGAGGGUGGACACUUCACUGGACACCAGCUCUUUGCUGUAUGUGGUCCAGCAGCAACAUCUGGGCUCUAUCCAGUGGUCUGUUGUGGCCUCCAACCUGAAGGAGACAAACUACACCGUCACAUCUUUGUCCAAGGGAGUCCGAUAUGCUUUCAGAGUCCUGACGUCCACCGGAAAGACACUGAGCAAACCUUCACCUUCCACUGAUCUGGUCCAGCUGCUGGACAGAGGGCCAUAUUUGAGGAGAGCACCAGUCAUUUUGGACAAACCUGACGUUGUGUAUGUCGUAGAGAACCAAUCUGCAAACAUCACCAUCACCCUUAACCACGUGCAUGCAGCCGUCACCUGGAAAAGGAGGGGUGUGCCGUUGGUCCAGAGAGCAGGAGCGUUCGAGAUGAGCAUGCCAGACGACGAUCAGCACAGCCUGAAGAUCCAGCGGGUCAAGAACACGGACAUCGGUCAGCUGGUGGUCACAGCCAGUAACCAGUUUGGCAGUGACCUCUGCACGCUCCAGCUGGCCCUGGCAGUUCCUCCUAAAUUUGAGUCCAUCAUGGAGGAUGUGGACAUACAUGUUGGAGAAACGUCACGCUUGGCUGUUGUGGUUGAAGGGAAGCCAGAUCCAGAUAUUCUGUGGUUGAAGGAUGACAUCCUCCUCUCCGAGAGCAAACACUUCACAUUUGUGUACGACGAUCCAGAGUAUUCCCUGGUGGUGCUCAACGCUCAGCCAGAGCACUCCGGAGUUUAUACCUGCACCGCCAAGAACCUGGCCGGACCCAACACCUGCAAGGCCGAGCUCACAGUCCACACAGAGCAAAGACAAGCAUCAGAGCCGAUGGAAGACGAGGGGACCAUUCUGAGGAGGAUGAGGCAUUUGGCAGAUUACUAUGAUAUCCACAAAGAGAUAGGGAGGGGGGCCUUUUCCUAUGUGAAGAGAGUGACACUGAAGAAAGAAAAGACCGAAUUUGCUGCCAAGUUCAUUUCUGCCCGGAAGAAGAGGAAAGCCUCGGCUCUCAGGGAGAUGGAUCUGCUGGCUCAGCUGGACAAUGAGAGGAUUCUGUACUUUCACGAUGCUUUUGAGAAGAAGAACGUGGUGGUGCUCAUCACAGAGUUAUGUCACGAGGAGCUGCUGGAGAGAAUGGCCAAGAAAACGACAGUCAUGGAAUGGGAGAUCCGCAGUAGCGUUCAACAGAUUUUGGAGGGCCUUCUCUAUCUUCACCAUAAAAAUAUUGCUCAUCUCGAUAUAAAGCCUGACAAUAUCCUGAUGGCACGUCCCGGCAGUGAUGAUAUCCGGAUUUGUGACUUUGGAAAUGCCAUGAAAUUAGAGCCCUCAGAGGAGUACUACUGCAAAUAUGGCACGCCGGAGUUUGUGGCACCAGAGAUUGUUAACCAGACCCCCGUUUCCACAGCAACAGACAUAUGGCCUGCUGGUGUCAUCGUUUACCUCUGCCUUACCGGGGUUUCUCCGUUUGCUGGGGAGAAUGACAGAGCCACCGCCUUAAACAUCCGCAACUACAACGUCGCCUUCGAGGAGCGCAUGUUUUCUGACCUCUGCAAAGAAGCAAAGGGAUUUGUCAUCAAGCUUUUAGUAGUGGACAGACUGAGGCCCAGCGCCACUGAGUGCCUUCGCCACCCAUGGUUCAAGUCACCAACAAACAAGAGCAUCAGCACAGCGAUGCUGAAGCAAGUGCUUUUAAGAAGACGAUGGCAGCGGUCUCUUAUCAGCUACAAAUCCAAAAUGGUGAUGCGGUCCAUCCCAGAGCUCCUGAACGACUCGUCUAACCACAUCUCCAUAGCGGUGCCCCGGCAUUUAAAAGAAGGCUCCCCCCCGCCCUCGUCCUCGUCCGACUCGGAUGCAGAUGUGGACGAGCUCCCCUUCAGUCCUAUGCCACUGUCCAUGGCCUUCUCCAGUUCCAGGGUUUCCCUUAAUGAGAUCCCAGGGGAUGAAGAUGUUAGACAUCUAGGUGUUGUUGCUGAUGGGUCAAGAAAAACAGACGUGAUGGAUCCAACAGGCACUGGAGAAGGUGCUUGUCAAAAGAUUAAAGGUGAAGAAGAAAUGCUCGAUGAGAAGAAGAUGGGGGAUAGCAGGCAAGUCGCCCUUAAAAAAGAAUCAAGUGUGGAGUCUGAUGAAACACAGACAAGAAGCAGGCGCGCCACGAUGAGGAGAGGCAGCUCUGCUGAUUCAGCGCUGCUUCUCCACAUUGACCCAGAGGAGGAAAAUGCAGAUAAGAACUCAACGGGAAUCAACAACAGCCUGAAAAAAGCUGUUUCUAUGGAGCUACCCCAUCGGAGCCCGAGCCCUGGGCCUGCGAGUCAGGAGGAGUAUGCCCUAAAACUGGAACUGAUGAGACAGCGGCUGCUCAGGGGAGGGAACAUGGAUAAAAAGAUGAGCGGCCUCCGAGGGCCCUUGUUUGAAACCCUCGGCAUGGACGAUGAGAGGCGGACAGGAUCUCUAGAUCGAAAUUUGAGGCGAUCCAGAGCUGUGCAGUCGACUCUCACCAGAGCAGCGUCUUCUGAGAGUCCGGGAGAGGACAUGCCAAAGACCAAAGUUUUACGCAAAAGUGUGUCCUUCACUCAGGACUCUGAGCCCAUGCCCAUGCACCGCAGGUUUGGAGCCCCUUUAGAGAUUCCCUCCGCGGUUAAUGCUCCCCUAGAUGGGAAGAUACUCCGAGAGGCAACCUCAAUGUCUGCACUGGGAGAACAAACACUGGAGUCCCCCUCACCGAGAGAGAAAACCUCCUUUGUGUUCCCGACACCAGCAAACUUGGACCAACAUCAAAAACAGAACAAUGUGAAAAAACAUGAGGAUGUAGAUGCGAGGACAGAGAAAAGGACCAAAACUCAAGUGGAAAAGGAAGAUGUAGUGGAAUCUGAGAGAUCUCCGUCUGUUAUUACUCCUAUCAUUGUAAUAGAGGAGGAUGAUGAUGAAGAGGAAGAGAGUAAAGGCGAUCGGGUGUUUCGGUUUCAUGAGGAAACACCACAAAAUAAUAAACAAUUUGCACAUGAAGGAGGCACUCAAGCUGUUGCAGAGCCGAGUAGAAUGUCUAGCAGGGGCCGAUCUAAAGCGAAGACGGGUGAUAUAAAGUCUAGAGAUGCCUUUGCAUCACCUGAACAUCCCGCAGUUUUUGCCAAAGUAGCAAGCAGCGACAGAGCCGCCGGUUCUGCCUCCUCUUCAUCAAUCCCCAAUCCUCCUGCCGUCCCCCGCCCCCCCGUACUCAGGACAGACAUCAAAGACAUCGAUUCAGAGGAGGUCUUUGAAGCCAGGUUUAAGAAGCGGGAGUCUUCUCUCACACGAGGCCUUCGCAAACUGACCGGAAACAAAUCCGAGGAGAAGUCGCCCGUACUGGACCGCAAGGCGGAAGGGGGCGAGGAUAUUUACAGGCCGGGGCCCAGGGGGGCACCUCUUGAGAUGGUUUCCAAAGGACUGCAGGAAAAAUCCAAAUCUGUUCAAGAUUUAAGAGGGGUAGAGCGGGACUCGGGCCUCAGUCUUAUUGGAAGGUUUUCGAUGCGAGGAAAACGGUCGUCAUCUACUGAAAAGGGGGAGAAGGCAAAGGAUGAAAAGCAAGAGAACGUGCAGGAACCUGCUGUAAGCAAGAGGGUUUCAUGGGCUGUUGGUCGCAGUAAGUCCCUGGAUGCAAAAGACCUGAGUGUUGCAGGGACACACAAGCAGCCGGACGAGAGAGAGCAGAGGAAGGCCGACGAGUCCUCCGUUUCUGCCAUGAGACGCAAGUUUGAGUCCAAAGUGGCCGGAAUCUCUGCCAAGAUAAGAAGUCAGUCUGAGGAAAGGAAGGCUAAAGAAGCUGGGGGAAGUCAGAAAGACUUGGUUCAAAAAAGUCUUAAUAAUGUCCCAGACUCUCCUGUCCUGGCGAUGCGUCAGAGAUUUGAGAACAAAGUGGCAGAAAUAUCCACAAAAAUCCGCAGUCAGUCCGAGGAGAGAAAAGGAGACCCAGAGAGUCGGAGCACACCCCUGUUUGCUCGCCACCGCCACUCUCAGUCCGAGGGUCGCGGGCUCAAAGGAAUGGGCAUCCCUGAGAAUCAGCUCGCCAAACAGACCGCCACUUCUGCAUCCAAGGACUCCAUUGAAUCUGCGUCGAGCAUGCAGUCUGAAAAAGCCCCAGAGGGCGAGAGGAGGUCACGGUGGGACAGAUGGGGCUUGACAAGAGCAAAGAAGGACAAAACUCCCUCCCAAACGUCCUCCCAAACUGAUCUGCCCACGUCUGCACCAAAAGAAGAGGGUUUGACAAAAGGCCAGCAGUUCAUCCGCUCCACAUCCGAUUUUGCACCAGUGUUCCACAUCAAACUGAGAGACAACGUCUUACUAGAGGGGGGGCCUGUCACUCUGAGCUGCCUUCCAGCUGGCAGUCCACCUCCAAGCAUCGCGUGGAUGAAAGACCGGAAACCGUUGGAGGUGACGGACGACAGGAUGAAGCUGAUGUCUCCUGUAGACGGCAGGCAGCUCCUCAAGAUCUAUAAGUCCAGCCACAGGGACGCUGGAGUUUAUGAGUGCGUAGCGAAAAACCCUAUAGCUACUGUCACCACCUCCUGCACGCUCUCCAUAGCCUGCAUCCCAAAACGACCAGGGACCCCCGAAGUGGCUCAGACGUACAACAACACGGCUCUGGUGCUGUGGAAGCCGGCGGACACCAAGUCCCAGUGCAGCUACUCCCUGGAAAGAAAAAUAAAGGGUGAAUCUACGUGGGUCACGGUUGCCACCGGAGUUGCUGACUGCUACUACAACGUCACCGACCUGCCAGCAGGGGGCACGUUUGAGUUCAGAGUGUCCUGCGUCAACAAGGCGGGACAGGGACCGUACAGCAGCUGCUCUGCUCCAGUCAGCCUGGACCCAUCAGCUGGAGGAGCUUCACCUGCUGUUGCCGUCGUAAAGACAGUCCCAGCCGCACCUGGGCCAGGACCUACGUCCUCCACCACACUCCCUCAGAUCAAAUCAGUCCAGAGCAGCGCCCCAAGAGCCACAUCCUUCACCUCCGCUUCUCCAAAGGAUGGUGCAUUCUCUCCUCAAGCUCCAUCCCUAUCACCCACGACGGUGGUCACUCCCCCCCCUCCAUCUCCUGAGCCUUUGAGCUCUAAAGCAAAUCCUCCAUCAGUAAUUUCAGGCGAAGAUGCUCAGAAAGUAAGCACCACUCUUCCUUUUCCAUCCACAGUCAAAAGCGCUUUUGUUGUGCCCAAACCCCAGAGUCCCAUAAACGUGGUGACCCCUAUGACCCAGACCCCACCCAUAUCUCCUCUUGUAACCCCACCUACGACCCCCACAAAACCAGUGCUGGCCUCGGUGCCCAGUUACGCCCCCGUGAGCACCGCCACUGCUCGCGUGGCCCUGACCCCCGUGGCCUUUACUCCACAAGUACUCCAGGCCUCCAGCCUGAGCCCCUUCGGAGAGGGGGCCAGCACUCCCACGAGAGGCACUCCCUCCGGACGCAGCACCCCCUCCACGGCUCUACGACAGGGAAUCCCACAGAAACCAUACACUUUCCUGGAUGAGAAAGCCAGGGGUCGAUUCGGGGUGCUCCGUGAGUGCAGAGAGAACGCCACGGGUAAGAUGUACAUGGCAAAGAUCAUUCCUUACAGUCAGGAGAGCAAGCAGGAAGUCCUUAAGGAGUAUGAAAUCCUAAAAUCCCUUCACAACGAAAAGAUCAUGGCUCUGCAUGAGGCCUACGUCACACCACGCUACCUGGUGCUGGUAUCGGAGUACUGCACAGGCAAAGAGCUGCUCUACAGCCUCAUUGACAGGUUUCGCUACUCUGAGGACGACGUGGUGGUUUACCUGGUCCAGGUUCUCCAAGCUGUGGAGUACCUCCAUAACAAUCGUGUCCUCCACUUGGACCUCAAACCGGACAACAUCAUGGUGACCAACCUCAACAUCAUCAAGAUUGUGGACCUUGGCAGUGCUCAGAGUUUCAACCCCCUCAACCUGAGACGGCAGGACUCUGGGCUGGGAACACUGGAGUACAUGGCUCCCGAGACAGUCAAAGGUGAAGUUGUUGGUCCUCCUGCUGAUAUCUGGGCUGUUGGAGUUGUUACCUACAUCAUGCUUAGUGGCCAGCUUCCCUUUGAAGACAAGAAUCCUCAACAAGUUGAAUCCAAAAUCCUGAUGGCCAAGUUUGACCAAACUAAACUUUACCCCAAUGUGUCCCAAAGUGCCUCGGCUUUUCUCAAGAAGAUGUUAAGCAGUUACCCAUGGGCCCGUCCAACCACACGUGACUGCUUCACGCAGGCUUGGCUGCAGGACUCGUACCUGAUGAAGCUCAAGAGGCAGACUCUCACCUUCACCUCCGGCCGGCUCAAGGAGUUCCUGGUGGAGCAGCAAAACCGCCGCGUAGAGAGCGUCACCAAGCACAAAGUGCUGCUGCGCACCUACCAGAGCUCGGCUCGGCCUGCAACGUCUGAGCCCGCAUCACCGAUUUCCACCGCCAAAUGAGACAACAGGGAUAUUGCAACACCUGACAUCAGAAUGUGGAGUUCAAUCGGCCCCCAAAAGAAAGUUAGAAACCUGAUCGUGGGUUUUGAACCUCUGCUGCACGAGAAACAUCAGCAUUGCCUCCGUCAAAAGCACCGGUGUCCAGAGAGCGCACAAGGGACGCCAUGUGUUAUUUUGGAAAAUUCAAUGUUCAUUUAAUCGAUAAAAUCCAGAACUACUCAGCAACUCCAGAGAGAGAGGACACCGGGUAUUCUUUGUUUGUCUCUUAAUUGUUUCUCCGUUAUAUUAUCACUUCUGAAAUUGCACAUUUAUAUUUGGUUAAAUUAAUUAUCGGCCUCCACUCGAUCAGCCUGAAAAAUGUAUCAUUAGUACCUUUACUGCAAAAACGACUAAAUGUGUUUAUAUCCCCCAGUUUUAGUGGUAAACAACUCAUGUGACUGUACCAUGAUUUAAGCUGCUAAUUUAUUUUUAAAAUUUAGUCACAUUUUAAAACUCAAAACUAAAAAGUUUUUUUUUGUUUUUUUUCUUCAUUUUGAAAAUGUGUUUACGUUUUUCAUGUUAAUUUAUUUGCAUGUGUGCGUGUGCCACUCUUGAUUUACUAUUCAAAUUAGCAGUGAGGCCAAACAAACUAACAAAAAAAGGUCAAAAUAAGGAGUGUCCUUGUGAUUGAUGUUAAGUCAUACAGUAAACUAUUUUAGGGCAUGAUAGGAAUUUGUCGUACAACUUCUUGUUCUGUGGUAUUACAAGUACAAAAAGCAGUUCAUGAUGUUGAGUAAUUAACAGUUUACUCUGGAAAAGUCCGCUCACUCGCUCUGGUUUGUCAGUAUUACACAUCAGUCGGUUUGGUUACCUAAAUCGCGAUCAUCUCAAUUGGAUUAACGUACAAAAUGUUGAUCUUGUGAAUGUGUGUGUAGAUCUGUUGGAAAGCAAAGGCUCGACUGCUACAUUUGGACAUAAAAUCACAAACAAGUGUACACUGAUAAUGCUAAAUACAUUCAUGCAAACAUACAGUACAUACAUGAAGUCCUUGUAAUAAUAGAUCGUCUUGUGUAUUGCUCUAUCACAGUGUUCCUUUUGUAAGAAUUUGGAUGGUUGAAGAUUUGUAAAUGUACCAAUUUGCGGUGUUUAUACGUGUAAAAUAAUUCAAAUAGUUUUUAUGAGAUAGGAUGUAAUAAACUAUUGAUACAGUU